CAACGUGGGCGGCAGCGUCCCAUGAGAGGGGGUGUUAGCGCAUGUUCGAACCCAUGCAGGCUUGGCUAAGCAGAAGUCGUUGAGCCGGUUUCUCUUAACCAAAGAAACGUUAUUUACUUGGUUUUGCAUCUAAGUCAGUGUUGCUUAAACUGUGUUCCGCAGCGCACCGGUGUGCAACCGAGAACAGAGUUCCAAAUGACAGCCGCUCUUAAAGAGGCAGCUUCAGGGGGUAGCCAAGUUAGUCUGUUACAGAACAUUGUCUCGAAGAACUCCAUGCAGUACCGAGGGAACUCGCAGCAUGAUGCCCAGGAGUUCUUGCUCUGGCUGUUGGACAGAGUUCACGAAGACCUCAACAAUGUAGUGAAAUCCAGUGGCAGAUCUCCGCUGAAGCCCCCCGUGGAAGAUGCUGCGCUGCUUGAGGCCCCAGGCUUUCCAGUCAGCAGCACUUUCGUACAGGAACUCUUUCAAGCCCAGUACAGGUCCUCUCUGACGUGCCCGCACUGUCAGAAGCAGAGUAACACCUUUGACCCUUUCCUCUGCAUCUCUCUGCCAAUUCCUCUGCCGCAUACACGGUAAUGUGCUGCUCUGUGCCUUGAUGUUAAAAUGUUGGGACUUUCCCAGUGCUUGGUAGCAUGGCAAAUCUGAAUAUGGAAGAGACUGAGAACCAAUGGGGGCUGAAUUGAAAGGGCCAGGAGAGCUGUGUUUUGCAGGGAACCCCCAAAUGAUGCUGAAAAGAGAAGAGCUAUGCAGGAACCAGAGUGCUGCUUCUCUCAGAAUUCCAGAAGUCUCUCAAUGAUCCAACCAGUUAAGCAGCAGUUCUGCAGAAAAGGCCCUGGGGGUUACAGUGGAUGAGAAGCUGGAUAAG